AAACUGGAAAAAUAACAAGUUAUAGAUCCAAACAAAAUCAAAAUCUUCUUCUAAUCAUGCACUUUGCGAUCUAAUUCUUCAUUUUCUAAGCAUUUCCCAUGUGAAUUCUGUCUCGAUCACUGAGCCCUUUUCUCACUAUUUUUCUAAUUCCUUCUCUUUUUAAUGGAGUCAAUGCCAUUUAAAACCUGCCUUACAAAAACUUGCCCAACUCCUCCUGUCCUUCUUUCUUUGGGUACUACCCUUAUCUUGAAAUCUUUUAGCCGCAUCCUCCUUUAUGGGUAUGGAUUGCCGUCUUUUAUCUCUCCCCAGAGUUUGAUCCUAGUUUCAAUUUCGAGCUGAGUGUUCCUCUGACUGCAACCUUCUUAUUUUCUUUAAUAAGGGUAUGAUUUUCUCAAGCCGAAAACAUUUUAGCCGCAUCCUCCUUAUAGAUAUGUUGUUUUCCAUCCCUUUCCAGAAUCUGAUUAUAGUUUCUUGAGCGAGAUUUUCUGGGUCAAUAUUCUUAGCUCAUAUGACAUACUACUUGUUACAUGUAAUUCUGACAUCUGUUAUACUCACAUCUAUAUAGAAUUUCUUGAUGAUAAAUUUACAUUUUGUUUAUAGAUUAUUAAAAUUGUAUAUUGAAUAAUUAUAUAUAUAUGUAGAUAUAUGUUUAGAAUCAUUCAAAUUUAAUACUUUAUGAUAUGAUUGUGAUGUUUUUGGAUUAUGGUUAGCAAAAGAAAAUGUAAGAUUAUAUGGUUGAUACAGAUGUGGAGGUGCCCCCCUCUAGAUAAAAAGGAAUAAUGGGGUGUAGUUCUUCUUUGCUCCAAGCUGGGGGCAGAAGGAAGAAAAUGGUUAUUCCAGAAGUCGUUGUUUUUGUUCCAACUAUGCAAAUUCCUCUACAAACAGAGCUUCUAAAAGGGCUUAAAGGGUUAAUACCAAAGGAUAAUCUUGAUCAUCUUAUUGCUCUUCGAAAUCGCGUCGUUUUACUCUCUGAAGAUACUGAUCUUUCUGCAAUUCCUGAGAUUAAACUGGCUCUUGAGGAGUAUUUGCCUGUUCUGCUUGGAAUCACCAAGAAAGAGUAUGGUGCAACAGAAGCAGUCCAAUUCAAAUGGAGAACUCUGGAUGAUAGAAAACAAGAGAUUUGUGUGUCCAAUUCACUAUAUGAAAUCCUAUCAGUGGUUUAUAUGCUGGCUGUUUUGACACUGGUUGAAGCCAACACAUUAUUAGUUCCUCAGCAAUACCCUGGUUCUUCGGAUCGGAUAGUUUCUACAGAUUGUCAGAGGGAUGCAGUUGAUUUGCUAUUAAAGGCAUCAGGAUACUUGGAGUUUUGUGUGAAAAACAUUUUUCCACAAUUAGGCCAAGAUGUCAAGAAAAAGUUGCACAAGGAUAUGAAUGAGGGUGCAUUAGAGGCACUUUCCCUUCAAGCACUAGGCCAGGGAACAGCAUUGCAGCUGGGUUUGGCUAUUGAAAACCAAAAGGCCACAUUAUCAGUAAAGAGAAGAUUAGCAUGUGAGCAGUUGACCUACUUCACUCAGGCUCAUCACGCACUGUCCGAAGGAAAAACCGAAGAGCAUGAUGCAGGAAAGCAAACAUUGUUCAUUAGAUAUAAGUUUCUUGAAGCCAAGGCUGCAGCUUACUUCUACCAUGGUCUGAUUGUCGACAAAAGCAACGAACCGCAUAUAAAUGCACUCUCAUGUUUUGUUGCUGCUGAGGAACUUCUUACAGAGAACAAAAGGGCUUGUUUAAGUUUUUGUUUGGCUACUCCUGUCAGCAGAGCUCCUCCACUUUGGGGUGCAAUGAAGCAUUUCCACCAAAAGAUUCCAGACACUGCUUCUAAGAAAUCUCAGUUAUAUGGCUAUUUGUUAGACCAAGAAAAGGGUCUACCACCACCACCAGAGUUGCCGGAGUUUCAACUAUCAUUAAGACCGGAUGACUAUGAGUUACCGGAAAUCGACCCUUGUUGGAAUAGAGAUAAAUGGGAGAUUUUAGGUCAGCCCCUUAAAGAGCACCUUGAAGAUUCAGAAGAUGAGAUCGAGACAGAAAGUGUAUGAAGGGAAAAAUCUAUUCGCGGAAUCAAAUGAUAGUCAGUAACUUCGAGUACUUUCUGUACAUCGUCGAUAUAGUAGAAGUAUUUGAAGCUAGCUUGUGCUUUUGUAUUUUGACUAAAUUGCUUCUUUUGUGUAUAGAAGCACAGUCGAAUAUGUUGAAAAGCCAUUUCAAUGAAUUAUAUAUCGUUGAGAGCCUAAUUGAACA